CCUGGAUUGUGUGGAGUGGAACAAUGCUGCGGAGGUCCAUUUAAGGAUAAUCCAUUCCACAAGCAUACUGCGUAAUUCUGUAAUAAUGGAUAAGGAUAAGAAACAGAAGACUGAGAAGAUCCUGGACCUUACUCUAGAAAUCAUCUACCUUCUUACUGGUGAGGAUUGUGUGGUUGUGAAGAAGCCUGGAGAUAAUGUCAUGUGGAGCAGUAUUCUCUGUGUGUUAGAAAGAUCCUACAAAACUCAGCCUCAUAGCACAGUGCCUUCACAUGAUAAAAACUAUGACCAGAAGAUCCUGGAUCUGUCCAAUCAGAUCAUCCACCUGCUGACUGGAGAGGUUCCUAUAAGGUGUGAGGAUGUCACUGUCUAUUUCUCAGUGGAGGAGUGGGAAUAUCUGGAAGGACACCAGGAUUUCUACAAGGAUAUGUUGAUGGAGAAUCACAAACUGGUCCACUCACUCGGUGAUAUAAAGGAAGAUAAAAGUGGCCUUUGUAGAAAUACAACACAGAAGACACUGGAAAACUCUGCACAAAAUGAUACAACACAGAAAAGACAGAGCAACACAAAUGCUGAAGUUUCAGCAUUAUAUGGAGAAGGCAACCUUACUGAUAUCUAUAGACCCACAGAACAUACACAGAUAGAGCAUCCAUUUACUCAUAUGAAAGAGGAACCAGCCUUAAGUGAAAAAGAAAAUGUCACAGACACUAUCAUUUAUACACCAACUGACUGUACACAGACAGAAUAUUCAUUCACUUAUAUUAAGAAGGAGCCAACCUCAACUGAACAAGAAAAUCUCAAAAACAUUGACAAUAAUACACCCACAGAACAUGAAGAGUCGGUGUAUAAAGCAACACGUAUUAAUGAGAAAUUAGUAAUGUGUGGAGAAGAAGGUUUUAGACAUGAUCACAAUUAUACUGAUACAGAAUGUACAUUUUCAUGGCCUGAACAUGCCAAUAGUAUUAGUCACAUGUCAAAUCAUACUCUGUAUCAGAGAAUAUUAACAGGAGAACAGCAAUUUCAAUGCUUUAUCUGUGGCAAAUAUUUUAAAUUAAAGAAUUCUCUUAUUAAAUGUGGGAAAAAUCCCUCAGGAAAAAUAAUAAUUAAAUGCAUUGAAUGUGCUUCAAGUGAAGAAGGUACUCUGAGAAACAGUGACAUUUAUACACCCACAGAACAUACACAGACAGAAUAUCCGUCUACUCAUAUUAAAGGUGAACCGGUGCCAUCAGAAGAAAGUAAGCUCAACGAAAAAGAUAUUUCUAUACCCACAGAAUAUUCACAGACAGAAUAUAGAUCUUCCUCAUGUGAAGAGGGAAAUAUUAUAGACAAUGACGUUUACACACCUACAGAACAUACACAGGCAUCGUAUAUAUGGAUGGUUAAGAAAGACGGGUUAAUGAAGACAUUUAACUCCAUAACAGCAAAGCAGGUAAGUGAGUAUCACUCAAGAUGUAACAAUGACUCUGCAAAUCAACAAACUACCCGCAUUACAAACAAACUGUAUACCUGCUCUGAGUGUCAGAAAUGUUUUACUAACAACAUAGAAUUUAUUAAACAUCAGAGGAGUCACACAGCAGAGAAACCAUUUUCUUGCUCUCAGUGUGGAAAAUGUUUUACACAUAAAUCAAGUUUUGUUAAACACCAAUGGAUCCAUAUGGGAAAGAAACAGUUCUCGUGUUCCGACUGUGAUAAAAGUUUUGUUUGUUCAUCUUAUCUUGCCAAACAUCAGAAGAUUCACUCAAGCGACAAACCAUUUUCUUGUUCUGAAUGUGGGAGAUGUUUUAGACGAUCUUCACAACUUGUUAUGCAUGAGAGAACACACACAGGAGAGAAACCAUUUUCUUGUUCUGAAUGUGGGAAAUGUUUUGCCGUUAAAUCAAAUCUUGUUACACAUCAGAAGAUUCACUCAGGUAUUAAACCGUACACAUGCCCUAAGUGUGGGAAAUGUUUUAAUUGUAAGGCAAGUCUUGUUAUACAUCAGGAUAUCCAUUCAGAAAAGAAACUGUAUACCUGUUCAGAGUGCGGGAAAAGUUUUGCUCAAAAAUCAACUCUUUUUAGACACAAGAAUAUUCACACAGAAAGAAAAUCGUUCCCGUGUUCUGUAUGUGGGAAAUGUUUUACACAGAAAUCAAGUCUCAAUUUACACCAGCGAAUUCACACAGGAGAGAAGCCAUUUUCUUGCUCUGAAUGUGGGAAAAGUUUUACUAAUCGACCAGAUCUUGUUAAACAUGAGAUGAUUCACACAGGAAAGAACCCAUUCCCAUGUUCUGAAUGUGGGGUAUGUUUUAAUCAUAAGUCGAGUCUUACUAAGCAUCAAAAAAUUCACACAGGAGAGAAACUACAAAGGAUCAGCAAAAUAACAGAAACUACUAAAACACAUGACAUGGGUUUUAAAUUCGGACUUACAUAAUGCAACUGAGACGCAUGGUUAUAUUCAGACUGAAGCCUCUGUGGCAAAGGGUGCUCUUAAUAAGAUUGUUAAUAUCAAAAUAUUUUUAGGUAUUUGUCCUAUUAUGUCCAUCUUGUGUGCAGAAUGAGGCAAUUGUUUUACCUGCUUCUUUCACUUUGAUCAGAAGACCACGUGAGGGGUCCAGAGCAAUGCAACAUGGACUACAACUGACAUGGAUUAUAACCGUUGUUCAGUCGGAGUCCAUGUUGCAUUGAUUUGUUAAUAUUAAUUAAUAUUAUUGUUAUUCUACCUGUUAUCAGAGAAGAAACAAUAAUUUGAGCUGUAAAACCAAAAAUAAUAAUAAUUGAAUGUAACACAAAUUGUUAUUUUGCCGUCUUUUCUAUUGUACAUGGAGCACCCUGGAGAAGGGAUCUGUGUAAGACGUGUAAAAUAAAUGCGGAUUCAAAUGUGCUAA